UUAUAUCACAUUGCCUUACCCUAUUUAUUUUCUCCUUCUCUCUUUCUAAUAUAACUCAUCCUUUGGGUUCCAAACAAACCCCUUCAUCAAGCUCUUUCUACCGUAAUUCUCUAUAUAUAUUACUAUCCACCCUUCCCUCAGCUUUUAUUUACUGUUCUCAUAUCCAACCUAGCUUAUAAAUAUACACAAACCAAGUAGAGGUUUGGAAAUAAAGAGAGAGAGAGAGACCUUUCUCUUCAACUUUGGUAUCCCUUGCAAGAUAUUUAAUUAUCUUAUCUAUCUAUCUUCAUCUCCUUCUUCUUCGUCUCUCUUACAUCUUUGUUUUUGUAAAAGAAUCUUCCUUGUAGAGACAUGUCUAGCUGCAGCAUCGAUGUUGCACCUGCAGCUGCAGAGCAACUUUGCUACAUCCCUUGCAACUUUUGCAAUAUUGUUCUUGCGGUGAGUGUUCCAUGCAGUAGCUUGUUUGACAUAGUGACCGUUCGAUGUGGUCACUGCACAAAUCUAUGGUCAGUAAACAUGGCCGCCGCGUUUCAGUCACUGUCAUGGCAAGAUGUUCAGGCACCUAGCCACUGCAUGAAUCCAGAGUAUAGGAUUCGAACUAGCUCCACUCCCAAAUGCAACGAUAGGAUUGCAAUGCGUUCUGCACCAACCACCCAUGUUACUGAGGAAAGGGUUGUUAACCGCCCUCCCGAGAAGAGGCAACGUGUCCCUUCUGCUUAUAAUCAGUUCAUCAAGGAAGAGAUUCAGAGGAUCAAGGCUAAUAAUCCUGAUAUUAGUCACAGAGAAGCUUUUAGUACAGCUGCAAAGAACUGGGCGCAUUUUCCUCAUAUUCAUUUUGGGCUGAUGUUGGAGAGCAACAAUCAAGCUAAGAUAGAGAAUGUCUCUGAGAAGCGUUUGAUGUCUAGGUCUGCGCUAAUGAACAAAUGAAAGCUAUGUUGUUCAUAUUAUGUUAACUAGGAUUGCAUCAAUUUCAAUUAAGUGUGUCAUGUUAAUAUUGUCCUGACUUUUCAUAAGUUUUAAGGACAAUUAAUUGACUCUUUUUAUUUGUGUUUUUCUUUGUUAGAGCAGUUUGUCACUGCUUACUACUUGUUUAAUGAAUGCUUUACUUAAUAUGAAGCAAGAAUGCUACUUUCCCUUGUCAUCCUUAUCAA